AGAGGACAGCUGGGGGCAGGUCUCGGUGUGCUCCCUGCUCUGUGGGGUCCUGGGGUCUGUGCAGGGGACGGCUUCGCAGAGCUCACAGGCAGAGGAGAAGUUGUGUUUGCAACAGGGGAAUACCUGAGUGGGAGCUGAUCCGGGAAGGGCUCGUUUUGAGGCACACCGUGCAAAUUCCUUUUGAAAAAUGAACGCCAUCCUACUCACCAAUCAGCAAAGUCAUGUUUGUGCCAAAACGAAGUGUGAGCAGGAAUGCAACAGCGUGUUACAGCAACACAGAGCCAGCUGUGAGGCAGCCAGCCGCUUCGAAUGAAAUACGGUGUUAGGAAAGCAGAAGCCCUGGUAUGAAAGUCUGACCCUCACAAACCCGCAGGUGCAGUAAGAGCUCCAUUUCAUCUCUGCAGCGGUGUUUCUGAGACCCAUCAGGUGACUCCAAAGGGUGGAAGAUGCUGGAUAAGGCCACCCUGUUCCUGUUCCUGCAUUUAGUCACAAGCUCCAUCUCCUCUCCUCUCUACCCAGCUCUCAGGUACAGCCCAGGACCUGUCACUGGCAAGGCUGUGAACUUCCAGCUCCUGGACCACAGCCUGCUGCAGAGCCACAGCCCCUCAGCAGAGGAACAGGACGAGGAGGGUUUGUUAACAGACCCCACUGAGAAAAGGAUGCAGCGCCACGCUGAUGCCAUUUUCACCGACAACUACCGGAAAUUCCUGGGGCAGAUUUCUGCCCGCAAAUUCUUACAGACCAUCAUUGGCAAACGGCUCAGAAACAGUGAGAGCAGCCCAGGAGAAGGGGUGCACAAGCUCCUGACAAGGCGCCAGUCAGACAGCAUCCUGAUGGACAGCCGUUACCACCAGCAGAUGGUACUGAGGGACUUCUUGGGAGCCAUGCUGCAGCAUCAAAGGCCUCAGGAUGUGAACGGCAGUCGGUUAGAGGGGUUUCCCAGCACCCUGGCUAAGUUCAUAAUAUUCAGAGCUCGUGGAUCUAACUGUACCGUAAGCCAUUCACAGCAAUGAAGACAUUCCUGGAGGUGACCAGCUGGAGACUGAUGCAAACACUCCUCAAAUCUGCUGAAAGGAAUGCAGUUCUGAUGCACUACUUCAUUUACUUCGGUCUUUACCAUUUAAUUCCCCUCUCUGAACACUGGUUUGGGUAGUGAAUCAGAAAAAAAACCACCAGACCUCUGUGGUUUAACCUCAGGCUGCUAAAAUAACCAGCACACUUGUAACCCUGGAGACGUUAAUUACUAAUUAGGGGGUUUUGGAUCAUGAAGCGUAGCAAAAUUUCUGCCAAAUCAUCACUCUGUUUGAGGGCCCAAUUAAUAUACACGAGGCCACCAAAAAGCACCUUUGGGCGACUCAGUGAACUGAUUACAGCCUCCUCUAAACAGCUGCUGAUGGCACAACCACCCACAGCUCGGCACAGGGUGAGGUCAGACAUGAAUCCACACGUUUGCCACCCAUCACAAACACUGCUGUGGGCUGUUGGCUCUUUGAUAGAGCCCUGGCAGCAAAACUGAACACACAAAGCUCGUUAUAAGCAGUUACUGAUCAGCCUCAAGGUGUUUAAACCAAAGCUACAGCUUUGUUCUGCAAGAGCUAAAAGAGAUCCCUGUGCAUCAGAUUGGACUGACACUGUGUUUUAAUUCAACGUGCCAUGCAGUGGCUCUGAACUCCACCAUGGCUAUAGGGUUACUGCAGUAAAUGUUUGCACUAUCACUUACAAGUUAUUAGGACAGUAAUCUCUCACACAGCGACUUCCUUCCCUGUCACCCGAAUUCUACCGUUUGUGUAAUAUUUAUGUCUUCUGAAAAUGUAAAUAAUGUCAGGAUGGGGUCUGCACUCCCAUCAUGAGCAGGGAAUAAAAGUUGUUCUAAAUAAACCUGUUCAACAGCA